CUCAGCCCCGCACAGGGAUCCGCUGCUGUGCGGUAGACAAGACGGACGCGCGUCGUUUACGUCAGGCAAAUGUCAACUUUCCAGAGAGAAAAUGAAGCUGCUAAAUCUCUGUUCAGGAGGCUUGAGUCUGCAGUUACUCCCAUCGUGUCCGGGGAGUACAGUCACCACCGGGACAGAGCACCGAUGGCAUCCCGGGUCUCCUUCACUCAGGUCCGGCUGGAAGCGGAGCUGGAGCGCUACCGGGCCGAGUGCCAGUACAGGAUACCGACGACAGUUGAGCAGAUGCAGGCUGCGCGGAUCCACGAAGACGAUGAUUAUGGGACACUGCUGAUGGCCGAGGCGCUGCUGGAGGAGUGCCUGCAGGAAAACAUGGAUCUGUUACGCAGGUCCAAGCCUUUGGUGGACAAAACCCAGCCCAAACUGUGCAAGGCCAAAGGCCACCUCAACACCAUCCUGAGCCGAGGCCAUCUAACACCCAGGUACUUGAAUGAGGCUCUGCUGCUGAUGGCAAAAGUGCACUACGUGCAGGGACGCUACCGCGACGCCCAGGGAAUGUGUGCCAGGGUGGGGCUGGAGGAGCUGACGCAGGAUGACCAGCCGACCUACCACCUCCGCCUGCUGGCUGAGGCAUUCGUGAUUAAAGGUCUGUCUCUGGAUCACCAGACGCUGUCUGCUGUGUCUCGUGUUCGUCUUCUGAGAGAAGAGGAGUGCCUGUCCUGUUACCUCAGGGCCUGUGACGCAGCUCUGUCCUACCUGCAGGAGCUGGAUAAGGUUGCAACAACACCCCACGUCAAGUCAGCCAAAGUCACUGUAUUUCAUUCAGCCAGAAUUGAACUGGGCUACUUCCUGCAGGCUGCAUUACAGAGUGCUUACCUUUGUCUGCUGCACAGGGGUCAUCUCGCACAGGGUGCUCACCAGCUGCGCAGGGUGCUUAGGGUGGUGGAGUCACGAGGGUCUCAGAGCUUCAGAAAGUCUGCAGCAAGAAAGCUUGCAGAAGUGUUGCUGAGCUCUGUGAGUGAGGACAGCUACUGGCCCCCGCUGGGCCCCCCACCCUCAGCCUGGCUUCACAGGGAAGGAGCUGCUGCCUCCAAAGACGCCAUCUACCCCACCGUUAAACCGCCACAACGCUACAGCACAGACUGUUGCUUCUGUCCUCAGGACGUGGUGGAGGAGGCCAUUUUGCUGCUGCUCAUCACAGAGUCCAUGGCCAGUGGUGACGCAGUGAUCAGCCGUCUACCGGAUCAGGCCGAGGCUCGCCAGGCCAGCCUGCAGGACGCCACCUCUGUCUAUGACCUGCUCACCAUUGGUAUGGUCAGGAGGGGGCAGUACGCCAUGCUCUCUGAGUGUCUGGAACGAGCCAUGAAGUUUUCAUUCAGCGAGUUUCACCUGUGGCACCAGCUGGGCCUUUCACUCAUGGCGGCCCGGAAAGGAGUUGGUGCUGUGUCUGUGUUUAAAGAAUGUGCCAGGAUGAGACCAGAGGACCCUUCAUUGCCCCUGCUGGCAGCUAAAGUCUGCAUUGAUCAGCUGCACUGGAUCAAGGAGGCAGAGGCUCUGUCCCAGAGUGUGGUGUCUAUGGGGGAGGAAGCAGGAGAAUUUCUGCCCAAGGCCUACCUGGCUCUGGGACUCUGCUGCAGUCUGCAGGCCUCUGAUGCUUCUCUGACUGCAGAUCGAAACGAAUUCACCAAAAAAGCACUGAAUGCUUUGAAAAAAGCUCAUUCAUUGGACCCUCAGGAUGCACAGAUUGCCAUGUACCUGGCUCUGCAGCUGGCCAUCGUACGUCAGGUAUCAGCAGCUAUGGAACCCCUUCAAGCAGCUUUAUCUCUCCGUGGGGAUGACUUACACUCCCUCCACCUGCUCACCCUGCUGCUCAGUGCCCAGAAACACCACCGUCAUGCUCUGGACACCCUUACCCUGGCCCUCAGCCAGCACCCUGACAACUUCAAUUUGCUGUUCACAAAGGUGAAGCUUGAACAGAUGCUGCUCGGCCCGGCUGUAGCCCUGCAGACCUGUGAGGAGAUGUUGCAACACUGGCAAAGCCGCUAUGACGUCAGCCGCUCCAGUGAGACAGAUGACAGCAGCAGUAUACCGAUGGCCGACAGGACAGAGGUCAGCCCUAGCGGCAGGAAACCUUCCAUCCACCUCACCCUGCCUGACUUCCAGGACACCUCCACUGGUUCACAGAGCCCUUCAUCGAUUGCGCUAUCCCGUCUAGAAGCGGCUUUGUCUGAGGUGUCAGACCUCAGCUCUACGCGUCGCCAGGGACCCACUUACAUUUGGACCAUCCUGGAACGCAUUUGGCUGCAGGCUGGAGAGUUGUUCAUGGCAGACAGUCGGUUAAAGGAGGCCCAGUUCUGUAUAGCUGAGGCCAGCUCAAUCUUCCCCAACUCUCACUCUGUGCUGCUGCAGCGUGGCCGCCUGGCCGAGCUCCGGGGCCAACUGGACGAAGCCAAAGGGCUGUAUGACGAGGCCCUGGCUAUCCAUCCUACAGGAGAACGCAUACUGGUGCACAUGGGCCGUCUGCUGGUGAAAACUGGGCGUGUCUAUCUAGGUGAAAAGGUUCUGCGUGAUGCGGUUCAGAUCCACAGCACCUCCCACGAAGCGUGGAGUGGCCUCGGUGAGGCUCUUCAGUCUCGGAAUUGCAGCCAGGCUCCUGACUGCUUCUUGACAGCCCUCGAGCUGGAGGCCUCCAGUCCCAUCCGGCCCUUCAUCAUUAUCCCCAGAGAGCUCUGAAAUUCCUGCCUUGGUUGGACUGAAACUUUGGGUUUGGCUUUUUGCCAAAAGGCCAAAAUCUUAUGAUAAACUGAAGAAAGACAAUGUAAAAAUGGGCUUUAAAUCAAUAAUUACUUUUGGUCUGGUUUUUUGCCAUUAGGAAAUUUGCCUCUAUCGUUAUCAGGUUGUCACGGUCACUUGUGGUUUGCAUGUAAGAUGCCAAUUUGUCUGCAAACAGUCACAAACUACGGGCUGAGUGGGAGUGAAACUGUGAAAUGUGUGACACAUCCUGGAUGUGGAGAAAGUUUAUCUUCAAAUUAAAAGUGCAUCUUUGUGUGAUUUGGAACAUAUUGGUUCGAGUGGUCCUUCACUUCUGGUUUGCGUCACACUUUUUCAAGUUUCAGGACAGUUCAGUGAGUAAAUGGCAAGUGUUUGCAGACAAGCCAGCAUCUAUUUUCAACAACAACAACAAAAAGUUGACCAAGUCGGUGCAUCCAAAUGCUCAGCUCUGGAGCCAGGAAAUGUUCAUCUAAAACAGGAAAAGGAACACAAAAAUAGAAGCUUAAAAACACUACGGAGGAACUCCCUUUUAACGGAAAGAAACCUCCGUCAUAACCAGCCUCAGUGAGCGUGCAAAUUUACUGCAUAAGGCAUGGUUCAAGGUCACCAGAUUAAGCACCAGCUAUAAAUCUUAUCAAAAAGGAAAGUUUUAAAUCUGAUCUUAAAACUAGAGAGGGUGUCUGUCUCCUGAAUCCAUACCUCUGCUCUAAGCCCUGUUGGUGUACCCAUCCCUGUAGCUGCAGUGUGUGAUAUUUAUUUUUUUAUUUACUUUGCUGUUUUGAGUGCUUUUGAGCCAGGGUAGCUGUCUCCCUGUGCUUCAUAUUUUUCUCAUGUAGCUAAGCUAAGGUUAGCUCAUAUUUGACUCAUCUAACUUUUGACAAGAAGUGUGUUUUUCUAAAUUUUAGGUAUUACUUCAAGUAUAUUUUAAAGAAGAAGGCAUGUAACAAAUCAGUUUCACUUCAAGUGGAAAAAGUUCUUAAUUUUUUCCUUUGUCACUUUGGUAAUUAUCAGUUUAACUGCCCCACAGUACUUAUAUGAACAUUCCUAGCAUAUUUUUGAUAAUCAAAUGAUAGCACUGAUGUGAAAACACCAACAUUGGUAUUAAUGCAGUUUGUGCACAUAAAGAAACAGAGGACUUCAGCUCUUUGCACGUGAAUGAGGGGUGUAUAGAAAAUUACUAUUCUGACAUAAGUAAUGUCAUGCAUCUGCUAUGGAGUCAUUAGUACAUCAGUAAUAGUGACACGAUGAGGGAUAUUUUUAAUGAUCACAGUCACUGGGUUCAUAAGUUCAGAGAUGUGCUGGUUACAUCUUGAGAUGGAGUGUAUAUUGUGUCAUAUAUACGUGGCAGUGCAGAUAGGUGGAUAAUGUGCGUGCUGUUCAUCACAGCAGCAGCUCCACUUCAUCAUUAUUUUGGUCUUUGAUGUAUUUUUGAUGAUGGCGUUGACUGGCAUAGCUUUUAUGUACACACGCAAGCACAAACACUUCCUCCUGUUCAUCUUCAAAUGGGAACUAGCAUUAACGCGUCAUUCCAUAAGGCAUCAUUAUGUGUCCGUACACGAAGCAUUUUAAUGCAUGUGUGUUUGUUUUGAAUGAUCCCUCUGGGAUGUUGUCGGUCCAUCUUCUGCUUGCUCCAUUUGUACGGUACAGUAGGCCCUCAUCCAUGCACAUAUAUGUGUCUCUUUUUUCUUUUUUUGACUCAUCUGUUCACAAUGCCCUCCAUUAUAAACAAUGGUGGCUUUUAAAAAUCACUGCUGGAUUUUGCAUCUUCACCUGCCUUGUCACUUGUGACUAAUGGACAUCACUUCCGAGUGCCUAACCACAUAAAUGUGAGCAGUGGGACUGGGCUGCCGGCUUAUGUAAUACUGCCAGCACAGUUUUCUGCCUCCAAACUCCCUCCUCCUUUACCUCUCUCUCUCUCUCUCUCUUUCUCUUUCUCUCUCACCCUCUAUAUCUCUCGCCCUCUCCCAGCUUGCCUGAUGUGAUGUGAUGUGGCUUUGUUGCCUAGCAGCCAUCCCCUUGUUUGAGUAACUGGGGAAGUGGAGAGAUAUCUGGUCCUCCGAACAACACACAUAUACAGUGGGAAGGAAGACACACACACACACGCACAUGCACACACACACACACGUGUGGUUUUACAAGUUUGACAGUGUCUGUUUGAUGUCUGCUGCUACCAUGUGAGGUAUGAGCCAGCUAUAAUCAAUGUCUCAUGCUGGUUUAAAUUGAUUUGUGCUAUGGGAAGAGUCCCUGCCUUUGCUUUCAGGGAAAAAAAAAAAGCCGUCUGUUCUUCUCCCUCCCUGCAGCAUCGCAAGCACACAAAUCUCUACCUUCUCUGUCCUUCUUUAAAAGAACCGCCCACGUCCCCAUCACUCCCAAUCCCUCAUUCAUCAAUAGUUCGAUUUUUGGGCAGAGAGAUUAUCUAUCACUGUCACCUCUUUUCUUCCAUCCUGAAAGUCUAUUUUUACUUUUUUCCCUCCUCACUCACCGACUCUCCCUUGUUCCAUCCUCUCCUCAUUAGCACCAUGUGAGACACCUACACAGGGGCUUCGGGAGAUGAAUGGUCUAAUCCUCAAGGGGAAAGAGUGAAGUAUUACAUGGUGCACUCACACAUGCGCAAUCACACACACACACACACACACACUGACAAUGAGAGACACAUGAUGAACUCAUUUUGAGGUACAGUACAAGUACAUAUGCUUAAAUGUAUACUCACACGCACACAUGCGCACAGAUACAAACGUCUCUGGUGAAAGGAGACAGAUUAAUGAAGGAAGCAACCUGGUGCAAAGUCUUCAAGAAUGGCAGCGGGCAGUUUUAUUCACUGGACCUGGUGAAACCACAGACACAUAUACACAUAUGCAGACUUAUAUGGAUAAGAUCAUAUAUGCAUGUGUGUCACUGUGAUGUCAAAGCACUCAUGCACAGCACUCUGGUGUCACUUUUACACCUGAGCAACACACCCUCCACACCCACCACAUGAUAAACAAGCAUGCAAACAUAGAACUUGCAAUCAACUCACUUUGAGUGAGGUUUGUAUGCAAGUGUGGUAUUCAGGUCAUGCGUGUGGAUGCCACCCCAGCAGGGGCAGAUGGAGGGCACAGGGCUGGGUGGCGCUGCUGCUGCAGGGCGCCAACAAGGAAACCGUAAACCAUCACUGUGAUGACCAAACAAGGCCGUGGAGUCAUGGAUGGGUGAGGGGUGUGAUGGAGGUUAUGAGGAUCAGAUGUGGUUCCAUAAUCUCAUAUAUUAAUAAAAUGACAGAUGUGACAUAGUAGAUCCCCAAGGAGAGUGUUCGGGCGCUUUCAGUGUUCACGUGUUGACAUAAGAAUGUAUUCAAAACGCUGUACGAAUCAUUUGUAAAGCUAAACAUUUUGACAUGACUGAGUGCUUUCCAAAGAUUUUUCAGUAAAGAAAAAAAAACAAAACUCAAUAAA